AUGAAUAACACAAGAUUGAAGAGGUUGAUGAAACCGGUGAUAGAUGAAUCAGAGUUUGGGUGGAGUUGCUGGUCCCAGAUCUUGGAAACCUUACCUCUUCCAAAUAUCAAGUGGAUUUGUCCAACUGCUCCUACUCGUCCAGUAGCUAUAUUUGGAGGAUUUCCUUCCUCUGCCUGGUUUGAUGUUGGAGAUAUUUCAGAAGAUGCUCCUGAUGAUUUGGAUGGGUUAGAUGCCUCAGCAGCACAUGUUGCGAAUCUCUUGUCAACGGAGCCUGCCAAUAUUAGACUAGGUGUUGGUGGCUUCAGUAUGGGUGCUGCAACUGCUCUUUACUCUGCUACAUGCUGUGUCUUGGGGCAAUACGGGAAUCGAAAUCCUUACCUAGUUAACUUAAGUGCAGUUGUUGGUUUGAGUGGCUGGCUUCCAUGUUUAAGGACCCUGAGGAACCAGGUGGAAGGAUCACACGAGGCUGCAAGGCGUGCAGCAUCCUUGCCCAUUCUGCUCUGUCAUGGCCUAGCUGAUGAUGUAGUUGCAUAUAAACAUGGAGAGAAAUCUGCGAAAGCCUUAAGUUCAGCUGGAUUUGGAAAUUUAAGAUUUAGAACCUAUGAUGGGCUUGGCCACUACACAAUUCCUGAAGAAACUGAUGAAGUUUGCAACUGGCUCACCGCAAGAUUGGGCCUUGAUGGGUCCGAAUCAUAAUUUUGGAAGAAGUUGGUGAGGAGGCAGGGGUAUACGUGUGGAAGUAACACAAAAGCAUAGCAAUAAGACACAUAAGAGCAGCUUAGUUCAGCAAGUUGGCAUGGGGGUAUGGUAUACUUGCAUUGUUCCUCCAAUUAUUCUCACAUGGUCUUGAGUUUCUUCUUUUUUUUUUCCUCUCAAAAUAAAAGCUUGUUCCAAAUGGAUCACUCUUGUAUUUGGUCUUGGAAGUAGCAAAUGGAUCACUCGCAAAUUUGGUUGUGAAAUCAAGGGCAUUCGUUGCUGAUAUUUCUCUUUUCCGUUGUUUUCUUUUGGGGGUGUCCUAUUUUCUUUUUGGUGGUUUUCUUCUUGUUUGAGUUAUGUUUAGGUGAUGUAAUUGAUACCCUUGAGGGUGCUA